CACCUGUAUACAUCGCGACACACACCCUGACACACACCUGUAUACAUCGCGACACACACCCUGACAUACACCUGUAUACAUCGCGACACACACCCUGACAUACACCUGUAUACAUCGCCCCUCCAGGUAGUGAUGUCGUUAGCGGUGCAUGUCCGUCGCCACCUGCGGCGAUUCCUCCUCCUCCUCGCCUCUGGCUCCCUGCUAGGCUCCGCCUACUUGCUAUUCUCUCACUCCGCCCCCACUCUACAGCUCAACCAAUCAGGAGAGCACGUUGCUGUGGCACACACUGAUAAACACCCCGACACACACACCGACAGACGAUCUGAACCCGACACACACACCGAUAAACACACCGACACACACACUGAUAAACACACCGACAGACGAUCUGACCGCGACACGCAGCCCCUCCCUUCAGUCGACCCAGUAGUAUUGGUACUAGUAGAAUCACAGUAUAGCCAGUUAGGACAGGACAUAGUCACCAUCCUGGAGUCAGCCAGGUACCCCUUCACAACAGAGAUCACCCCGGGGAAGGGAGACCUGCCUCCUCUCACUGACCAGGGGCGUGGUCGCUACAUCCUGGUCAUCUACGAGAGUCUGUUGAAGUAUGCCCACACUGACCCCUGGAACAGACAGCUGCUACACCAGUACUGUCUCCGUUAUCGAGUCGGCAUCAUCACCUUCCAUAUGGCCAAUCAGAACUCUCCGCCCCUGCUGAAUCUCCGGGGUCUUCCCCUGCUGCUACGGACCAAUCAGGCGCUCCGAGACGCCUCUGUGAUGUCACGUUCGCCCCUCCUCCACCUGACGCGGGCUGAGACGGACCGUGGACCACUCCCUGGCGAUGACUGGACCACGUUCUCCUCCAACCACUCCUCCUACCAGGCGGUUGUCCAGACACGGCCCAGGGAGGGAGGCACCGGAGUGGGCAGCGGAGAUAAUCCAGUCCCUGGUUUGAGUCGGGGCCUACGGGCUACGGUGGUGUUGGACGCGGGGCUUUUUGACGGUGUCCGGAGGGUCGUCUUCGGACACGGUCUGGGAUACUGGCUACACAGGCUCCUAUUGGUGGACGCUAUCACUUACCUCACGGACAGGAAGUUGUCGUUGGGGCUGGAGCGUCACAUCCUGGUGGAUAUCGACGACAUCUUUGUUGGGAAGGAAGGAACACGCAUGAACACCAAGGAUGUUAAGGUAGGAGGAAACAGGGGGGGGCUCCAUGAACACCAAGGAUGUUAA